UAGGGAGAUAGGCCAAGGAGGACAAACAAGAAAUGGCCCGGAGUGGAAGCUUUAAUAAACCGUUUACAUCCCAACCAGCACAGCCCACCUUCACUCUCUUUUACAACUAUGACUAUGUUCCAUUUCCAGGUGGGUCAUGGAAUUCUCUCUCUUUCUCUCUCUCUCUCUCUCUGUCUGUCUCUCAAUGUGUAUCUAACUUUGUGUUUUGAUCUGGUAGGAGCAGAGGAAGUGAAGUUUGGUUCAGAAGCAGAUCAGUUGAGGUCGGAAAGGCAGUCGAGUGAGAAGAGGAGUUGUGAUGAUAAGAAGACAAACAUGGAGAGGAAUAAGAAAAGGUUGAGGAAUGAUCAGAUAGAGAUGUUAGAGAGAAGUUUCCAGGAAGAGAUAAAGCUGGAACCUGAGAGGAAGAUGAAGUUGGCAAUGGAGCUUGGGCUUCAGCCUCGUCAGGUUGCUGUUUGGUUCCAAAACAGGCGUGCCAGGUGGAAGACAAAGCAGCUACAGCACGUCUAUGAUGCCCUUAAGCUCGACUAUGAAUCCAUCUCUAGAGAAAAGCAGAAACUCCAAGAAGAGGUUAUAAGACUGAAAGCUAGGUUAGCAGCAGCAAUGAAGCAAGGCUCCACAGGUUAUACAGAAAUCUUCCCUGAAGAAAGAGUGGAGAGUACAGCAACUGUGAUUUGCAAUUCCAGCAACAUCAACAACAACAACACUAAUAAGUCAGCUGAUGGCAUAGUAGCAGAAGUAGCUGAAACAAGAAGAACAAAUAUUUACCCAGACCAUCAUGAGAUAGAAGAGUGCAACCAUCUCUUCAAUGUAGAUGAUUACAAUCUAGCUUUGCCACCUUACUGGGCUGUAUUGCCUGAUUAUCCUUAAAAAUUAAGAGCAAUUUCCCUUGUUCAUAGUA